AUGAGCAACAUCGCCGAAGACGAAGCGGUGGCCCCACUCCUUCCGUCCGAUAAGGCUUGGCAGUCCGCUGUAAAGGCGUCUCAUUUGACUCGUCGAGGCAGAGUCAUCGCCUGCAUCGCCGUUGCAUUCCUACUAGGACUAGUAUACUACGUCUGGCAGCCGAGCACUCCGCACAGCGCCACAGUGAAGCAGGUGCGCUCCACCGAUCUGACCGUCAUUGCGCCCUGGACCGGUGCCAUUUUGCCCGAUUAUGUCAAGAGAGCACUCGACAGCUGGGCUCUCAACCCAGGCACAGAAGUCCUGCUGCUCGACAUUGACGACGGAGAAGGUUGCGCGGAUAUCACAGAAUGGACCGAUGUACAUACCCACAUCAGACAGCUGUGCAUCACACGAGAGCAAAAGAUUCAGCGAGUCGUGGAAUUCUUGUGCCGACAUUGGUCUUGCCAGCCGAGCGUGAGAGAGCAGGUACUCGCACAAGUACAGGAGAAAGACAAGAGAGAUGAUAGGCAUAUCAUCUACAAGCCCUGGCUCGGCUUGAUCUUCAGGGAGCACGUCAAGACUGCUUGGUGGGCAUGGGCAGACCUAGACGUGCGGAUCGGCCAUUUUGACGAGCUCUGGCCGGACAUACCUGAUGAUGUCGACAUUGUCACCGUCAGCAAGAGCGACAAGGCUGGUCUUUGGAUGGCGGGUCAAUUCACCGCUUUCAGAUUAUCGGACAAAGCAGACACGCUCGCCUUUGAUUAUCCACCCUUGAGUUCGCCUGACACUCUACAAAGCCUGCCUACAGACUUUGUCGACGAGACCAGUCACAGCGUCUGGUACCUCAAGGAGGAUUCUCGUUGGAACUGGCUCGUCUUGCGCAACUCGUUCUCGCUCGAUCCCAAAGUCGAUACCCACAGACUCACUUAUGCACGCGGUGAGACACUCGCCGUACCUCAGUCUGUCUCGCGGGCGCAGCUCGUGGAUUGGCUCGAUAGCAAGUCGACCUGGCCGCGAGCGUAUCGUCUCUAUAGCAAGGAGAGCUACACCUUGCCACUGAACAUUACAAUCACUGGCUUCGGCCCGCCUUGCUAUGACGAUCCAUAUAGUCCUGUCGGUCUGUGCCCGCACAUUAUCGACAAUCCCAUCAGCGACGCGGAAAGCUUCCCUAUGCGUAUCGGUGGGGAGUACCUCCAGCUCGUUGUCCCGCACAUGCGAGGCGAAGAUCAUACCAGCCGUCGACUUUUGUUUCUGCACCACUAUCGCUCAAAAACGUUGGACUGGUUUCCCUUUCCAAGCACAUCAGAAUAUCCUCACUCUGUCUUUGAAUACACAAACCACUUCUUUGGCAUCUGGCCAGAGCAUCGCACUGCACCACAAUCUGGCUGGAGCACAAUCGCUUGCGACCGUUGCGAUCCGACUCCAGGAGUCACUUGCUCUCGCUGUCGAUCUCCUCAGACCAGCCAAAUGCGCAUCGCCGGCCGCCUGUGUCUCGUCUAUGCUGCUUGCGCUGUUGCCGCGAGUCUAUCGAGCGUUGUCACGGCAGGCGACCAUAGCUUCGACAAACGGUUCGAGCAGCUGUCCCGCGUCUGGACUAUCAAAGCUACGGGCUCGGUAUCCUUCACAGAUGGCAACGAUUCCUUCAUGGGCUUCAUCAAGGACGCCUAUGUGAGGCUUGUCAUCUUCUCGCCACGUCGCGGUGCCCCGCCGACCGUCGAGGCGCUUGGCAACAAACGGGUCUUCACGCAGGUGCGCGAACGCUGGCUGCAGCAGGGAUCAGUAGGCAUGGUCGCCGUCGUUGACGAUAUUCAGCGUCUCGAGCCUGCCCCGGCCUUCAUGACUCGAAAGUUCUCAGUCUGCUGUCGGGCUGGCUGGUCGGUUCAUUUCGACCUGCCGUUCCUCGACGAGGGCCCCGAUAUCAUGGCGCAAGUAGAGAGCACCAUGCAAUGGCGGAUUUGCAAGCCGCAUCAUCUUGCGCCACAACUACAGGCAUGCCACGCUAGUCUACAACCAGCAUAUGUGUCUCAGGUAGACAGUUCGCGCGUUAAGCUAGAGUUCAUAGACGACGGGCUUGUCGAUGCAAGCAAGCCACCGCCGUCGCCGCAACCGGAAGCACAGUCUGGCAUAAGCAAUGCAUCUUAA